AUGUUUCAUCGACACAAAGAAAAUACUGUUUAUGUUGUCAUUGCUGGCGCGCUCUGCAGAACUCAACUGCUAGGCUCGAACAUUUUACCACAAGAGUAUACAACUGGAGAUUGUUUCGCUGGAGAAUACCGUCUAAAACCUAUAACACACCGUGUUGAAUGUUUAAAUGAGAGCCCUUCUGAUGCUUGGUUUGUUGGUUCGGAAAUCUUACAAAAUAAAGCAUUUUCUUCUAAUAUUGUUUUACAGCAUAAUAAAUAUGAACAUAUUUCAAACAUUAAUAUUCCGAGAUGCCGUGUAUACCGACUUCAACUAGCUCCAAAUGAGACAACUGGUGAGCAUCUACUUGAUUUCUGUGGUGUUUUUAUUUCAUUAGCAAAUACUCAUUUGGAAAUUACUAACAAAAAGCCCAAUCAAAAUUUUCCAUUUUCAUCUGGUACUGGAGAAACUGGAUAUGUGACUUGGUUAGAUGGACCGAUCUCACUUGAAAUGAAAAAUAUAGGUUCGAUCACCUAUGAAGCUAUAAUAAUCGAAUUGGCAUAA